AUGGUUCCGUGUUUUACUGGAAUGAGGUUCACUCCUUCAUCAUCAACCCUCCAAGAAGAAGUGAAGGAACAUUUGGAGAAAGGGGCCAUAGCCCUGGUGCAGUGGGCGGACAGGCAGGAUGGGUUCUAUUCCCGCUACUUUCAAAUUCUGAAGUGGGAUGGGGGCAUCCGCCCCAUCAUGGACCUUCGCCAACUGAACAAAUUGAUUUACAUCAUGAAAUUCAGGAUGAUGGCAUUGCAACAAAUACUGCCUCUCCUUCAGGGGGAGCGUUGGUUAGCAACGCUGGAUCUCAAGGAUGCCCACUUUCAUGUCAAUAUCCGUCCACACCAUCAAACAUUCUUGCAUUUCACGGUCGGCUGUCAAGUGUACCAAUACAACGUAUUGCCCUUCGGACUGUCCACUGUGCCAAGGGUCUUUACGAAAUGUAUGGCUGCUGUGAUCACCUACCUCAGGACACAGGGAGUCACUGUCUACCCCUAUUUGGAUGAUUGGCUCCUGACAUCAAAGGACAGAAACAUGUUACAUUCUCAGAUCUGCUUUGUGCUGAUGGUCCUCCAGGAUCUGGGCAUCCAAGUCAAUUGGAAAAAGUCCCACCUAGAACCUAUGCAGGUAGCCAACUACAUAGGUGCAGUGCUAGACACCAUAAACCAAAGAGCAUUCUUGCUGGAAGAGAGGUAUAUUUGCAUAAGGGAUCUAGUGACAUUAUUUCAACAGCAACCAAUACAACCAGCACAAUCGAUCCAACGCUUAUUUGGCCUCGUGCAGUACAGUGAUCCUGUAUUGGCUUUAUGCAAUACAGUGAUCCACUAUGCCCACCUAAAGAUGCGGAAGUUGCAGCUAUGGUUUCUCUCUGUCUUCCAUCCUGGCAGACACAGCCAAAGGAAGCACCUAGACAUACCGGCGCUAGUUCUUCGAUCGCUCUCGUGGUGGGCAGCCCGCAGAAACCUCUUAGAGGGCGUGCCAUUUGAGACUAGACCUGUUCAAGAACGACUGGAAGUAGAUGAAGAGAAUGAAAUUGAUAUCAAUGAAGCUUUAGGACUGGACCUAUUUGAGGGUGACAUCAGACUUGAAAAUGGGAUACUUGAACGGAACUCCAUUAUUGGUGAUCAGUAUCGAUGGCCCCGCACCAUUCCCUAUGUCCUUGAGGACAGCCUGGACAUGAAUGCAAAGGGGCUUAUCCUCAAAGCAUUUGAACAGUAUCGCCUAAAAACCUGUAUUGAUUUCAAACCCUGGGAAGGUGAAGCAAAUUACAUAUCGGUGUUCAAAGGAAGUGGCUGCUGGUCUUAUGUAGGAAACCGGAGAACAGGGAGGCAGGAUCUCUCCAUAGGAGCCAACUGUGACAGGAUUGGGACAAUUGAACAUGAGUUUCUUCAUGCACUUGGAUUCUGGCAUGAGCAGUCACGAUCUGAUAGAGAUGAUUAUGUCACAAUAAUGCGAGACAGAAUUCAGACUGGUAAAGAAGGAAACUUCAAUAAAUAUGAUGAUAAAACAUCAGACUUCCUUAAUGUCCCUUAUGACUAUACAUCUGUAAUGCACUAUAGUAAAACUGCAUUCAUGAAUGGCACAGAACCAACAAUAGUAACUAACAUACCUGCUUUCAUUGAUGUGAUUGGACAGCGAAUGGAUUUUAGUGAAUAUGAUAUCCGGAAACUGAGUAAACUAUACAACUGCAGUUCCUCCUUAAGCUUUUUGGAAGCAUGCACUUUUGAAUUGGCGAAUGUAUGUGGCAUGAUUCAAAGUUCAGAAGAUAAUGCUGACUGGCAGCACAUAACCCAAGCUUCUAGUGGACCACAGACUGAUCAUACCUAUGCUGGAAUGUGCCAAGACACUGGUUACUUUAUGUAUUUUAAUACCAGCGCUGGCAGUGUGAGGGACCAAGCAAUUUUAGAGAGCCGAUUUCUGUAUCCCAAAAGAGGAUUCCAGUGUCUGCAGUUCUAUUAUUACAACAGUGGAAAUGAAAGCGACCAGCUGAAUAUCUUAAUCAAGGAGUAUACUGAUGCAAAUCCCAAUGGUACUUUAAGGCUUGUGAAAACAAUUCAAGGUUCACCUGUGAGUUAUUGGGAGCUAUAUCACGUUCCUUUGAAUGUUACAAAUAAAUUCCGAGUCAUAUUUGAAGGCAUAAAAGGAUCCAGCAUAUCCAAUGGAGGUCUUUCCAUUGAUGAUAUCAACCUGUCAGAAACCCAGUGCCCUCACCAUGCUUGGCAUAUAAGAAAUUUUACUCAGCUCCUUAAUUCUAGCCCUUCAGGGGAGGCAGGAGAAUUAUUCAGUCCACCAUUUUACUCUUCCAAGGGUUAUGCAUUUCAGAUUGCAUUGUAUGUGAAUGGUACCACCAGUAACCCAUUUAACUUAGCCAUAUAUUUGUACUUGAUCUCUGGUGCAAAUGAUGAUCAUCUUCAGUGGCCUUGUGCAUGGCAACAAGCAACAAUGGUUCUACUUGACCAAAAUCCAGACAUUCGUCAACGUAUGUCCAAUCAAAAGAGCAUAACAACAGACCCAGACAAAUUAGAUUCCCUAGGUCGUUACUUUUGGGACAGACCAGAUAAAGUAGGAUCAGUAGCUCAUUUUAGUAAUGGUACUCGGUUCAUGAGAGGUCAUGGAUAUGGAACAAAUGCAUUUUUAACUCAUCAAAGGCUUAAAAGUCGUGACUUUAUUAAAGAUGACAGUAUUUUCAUUCUUACAACAAUGGAAGAUAUAUCACAUUUAAUAUCAACUCAGCCAAAUUCUACUACCACCACUCCAACUACCACCGCCACCACUACCACUACCACCGCCACCACUACUACUACCACCGCCACCACUACCACCACUACUGCUGCCACCACCACCACUACUGUGAGCAUGUGUGAAACUUUUGGCUGUCAAAAUGAUGGAAUCUGCAUUGUUGUAGAUCAAAAGCCAGCUUGCCGAUGCCCUGCAGGUGAAGACUGGUGGUACAUGGGGGAAAAGUGUGAAAUGAAAGGAUCAACCCAAAACACUGCUAUCAUUGCAGUUUCCUCAAGUCUUGCUGUAUUUGCUGUCAUGUUAAUCAUCACUGUUAUUACCACCUGCUGUCUUAGAAAAAAAUAUCGCAAGCAACUGAAAGCGACCAGGAAUUAAAAAAAAGAACACCUUUUUGAAGAUAGCAUAAGUCUGGAAAUAUAAUGAAUACAAUUUCAUCCCAGUGAAAUUGUUUUUGUUUUGUUUCUUCUCAGCUGAUCAAUAAACAUUUUACACACUA